GCCUAGAUGACGUGGCAAAAGGUGCAUGUGGUGAUCGAUGAUGAUGAUGAUUGAGCAGCAGAGAUGGUGGAGAUUGAAACAUUUCCGCGACGCAGCUGCCUCGGACGCGACCACCGGACGUGAUUCCGGCCUUCCGCCCAUCCUUUGGAUCGACCAUUUGUCUCACAGCGAAUCACGCUAGAUGACUAGUCGAUAGCCAGAAUGUCAUCGAGCAGCGUCAAGAAACGGCCUUCCGCAGAGACGGACGAUCGGAAUCCGAAACGGGCGAAGCAUGCCGAGACAGGGGCUGGGGAUGAUGGUGCUAGUGCUAGUGCUAGUGCCGGUGCUGGUGGUGAGCCGGAUCUGCUCAAGGGCGUAGAGAAGCUCUAUUCGCAAGUGGUGAUUCAGGCGGCGUUGAUAUUCCGGUAUAUGGACUACUCGCGAAGAAUAGGACUGAAGAAUGCAAAAGUGCCCGUCCAGCUCCAGCAGCAGCUGGAACUUUCGUGGCGGGCGUACGAGAGUCUGCGCACCCAAGUCCACUGGGACGAUUCCAAAGGCGACCGCCCAAGGGCCCUUUCUUCGACUCCCCCGCUUCCCCUCCCCAGGUCGGUCACACUCGCGACCUCCAUACCCACCCCCGCCAUCCCCGCUCUCCCGCCCAAGUCUUCCUCCCCGGCCUCCGCCGCCGCCGCUUCUUCUCUGCAGGCAUCAAAGAUAUCCGCCCAGGCACCUCUCCCGAUCCCGCCCCAUCUUGGCGAUGCCGCCCGCCUCCACAACGGGCACGAAAAGGCGCAUGGACCGCAGCCGCAAACGCAUGCCCAAAUGGGCGGAUUUUCGUCCCCAAUCCCUUUGGGCGCUGCUUCCAGCCUCGCGUUUGACGGCCAGGCGUUACAAGAGGCGCCCGGUGCUCCGCCGCCCGCGUUACCGGGAACAGCUGCGUCUUCUAUCGCCAUCCCUGCAGAUGGGUCGGCGGUGGCCGCGGGUGCAGGCACAGAAACAGGAGCAGGAGCAGUCGACUUUUCGUCUCUCGGAUUCAACGAGCUGAAUCAGCUGAUCAGUGGCGACCCAACACCAUUCGGGAUUCAUCUCGAUGGCACAUCUAAUACUUCUGCCCAAAUCAACAAUCAGAGUCAGCCUCAGCAGGGACAGGGGCUGGGGCUGGGCUUGGGCUUGGGACAAGUGCAGGGGCAAGCCCAAGAAAAGGCGCAGGGACAAGAAGGAUCAGCAGAAAAGCGUGCAGAGGUCAUUGACCUUACCCUUGACGACGAGGCUACCGAUAUUUCAAAACUCCAAUCGCAAUCACAACUUGCCACCCAAACCCAAACCCAGACGCAAACCCAGACUCAAAAUCAAAAUCAAAAUCAAACUGAACCAGAACCAUCUUCCCUCGCAGACGACGUCCUCGCUUCACUCGGGUUUUCCACCGACCUCAAUCUUACGAUCAACCAGGACCAGUCUCCUUCUCUUCCGGCGUUUGCAAACUCGGAGGCUCAAAAUGCAGCAGGUGCGGGUAAAGGCGCGGGGACACUAGACUUUGGUCUGAAUACGGAACAUGAUUUCUCUGCUUUGGCCGGCUUGUUCCAGGGGGGCAGUGGUACUGGCGGGGCCGGGGUGGGAGCCGGGAUGGGGAUGGGAUUGGGACUGGGGGAAGGAGAUUCUAAUCCGGCGUCGAAUGCUGCGACAGCAGGAGCCGAGGACACUCGACCUGUUACCGACCCCGGCACGGGGACUGACACUGGUACUAAUACUAAUAACAACGCCAAACCCAACGUCAACGCCGGCGCAACGACCGGACCAGGGCAGCCAACAAAACAAGAAACCUUGGAAGAAUUAUUUGCAGCGGCAGAUGAUAUCAUCUCCACUAUGCGGCCGGAAGAUGACAUCCCCAAACCCGAAUCCGAAUCCGCACCCGGAACGACAGCGACACAAGCUGAGUCCCAAGCUAAACCACAAGUCAAGCCUCAGACCCAGUUGUCAAACAAGAACCAAAAUCAAAUCCAAAAUCAGAAUCAGAAUCGAAAUGAAAAUCUGAAUAAAAACAACAGCCAAACCCCAACAUCCGCAUCCACAUCCACGUCUGCAUCCAUCCCCAUAUCCGACCCUGCGCAAAACUUUAUGCUCGGCAACGUUGGCAACAUUGGCGGGAUGGAUAGUAUGGGUAACCUCUCGAAUAACCUAGGGGGGAUGGACAACCUCGGUGGGAUCGGGAAUAAUAUGGAUAGCCUGGGCGGUGGCGGUGGGUUGGAUAACCUCGAUCUGAAUCUCGGUUCCAUGGGAGGGAUGAGCGGGAUGGAUAACUUUGCAGGGAUGGGAGGGAUGGACAGUAACGGUUUCGGGGAUCUGGGAGGGAUCGAUAUGAAUGAUUUCAAUUUCGGUGAUGCUGGAGGAGAUGGGAAUGGUGGGGGAGCGAUUGGUACAGAAGAGUUUGAUAGGUUGAUGGCAGAGUUUGGAUAAGAAUGGAGUUUUAGAUAGGUUUCAGUUGGCGGCUUUUUUUUCUAGUAGUUUUGUCUUGGUUUUGGUCGAGCUUGUUGCUUCUUUGGUCUGUUGCUGCGAAAGUGGGGUUUCUCUUUACUAUGCCUUUACUGUAUCAUUUACUUAUCCGAUGUUAUUCCUUUUUUGUACUGCUGGUGAAAUCCCAUAACAUAUAAACACAACGAUGC